AUGACUGACCUUGGUGAUCUCAAUUAUUUUCUCGGUAUUGCUGUGUCUCGUGAUAAUAAAGGCAUGCUCCUGUCUCAACAGAAAUAUGCUCUCGAGAUUCUUGAGAAAGUUCACAUGCUCAACUGCAAGCCUGCUCGCACCCCUACCGAAGCCACUGCCAAACUUGAUAAUACCGGCCCUCAUGUCUCCGAUCCUACUUUGUAUCGUAGUCUUGCUGGGGCUCUUCAGUAUCUUACCUUUACACGACCCGACAUCACUUAUGCUGUCCAAAAAAUUUGUCUUUAUAUGCAUGAUCCACGAGAACCUCACUUCAAUGCUCUGAAACGUAUUUUAAGGUAUCUUCAGGGUACGGUGUCUCUUGGUCUUCAAUUGUAUACCUCCUCUUCUCAACUGCUGGUGGCCUACUCCGAUGCUGAUUGGGCUGGAUGCCCCACCUCAUGUCGUUCCACUUCUGGAUUUUGUAUCUUUCUGGGUCAUAAUCUGGUGUCUUGGUCCUCGAAACGCCAAACCACAGUCUCUCAUUCAAGUGCCGAAGCUGAAUAUCGCGGGGUGGCGAAUGUAGUUGCUGAAACUGCUUGGAUCCGGAAUCUUCUUCGUGAGCUUCAUCAUCCUCCUGAUAAAGCUAGCAUCGUGUAUUGCGAUAAUGUUAGUGCUGUGUACAUGACUGGGAACCCUGUCCAACACCAGCGCAUCAAGCACAUCGAGAUUGAUAUCCACUUUGUUUGUGAUCAGGUAGCCACUGGACAGUUUCGUGUUCUCCAUGUUCCCUCAUCGUCUCAGUAUGCCGACAUUUUUACAAAGGGCCUGCCUACACCUUUGUUUCUUGAUUUUCGGUCCAACGUGAACAUUCUUCCUUCCUCUACCGUUCAAACUGCAGGGGGAUGUUAG